GUCAUGCUAAUGGUACCUGGUGGAGGGACAGGACAUGGGGAAAUCAUACGGACGGUGGUCUAACCUGGUCGUCUGGACAUUGCUACACCUGGUCAAAUGUAAACCCCAGGAAUGUACCAGCUUACCUGUUUUCGGGGGCGAAAGUCCGGGUGAUUACUGUGAGAGAACAUUACACCACCUGAAUUGUAGCGUGGGGCCAAGGGAAAAGAUCGAGAGGGAUACUGUUCUUCUAUGCCAGAUUAAGAGAAAGAAAGGAUGGGAUGCCUAUAAUGAAACACUAGGUGAUUUAAGUCAUUGUUUGGAGUGUGAACCUUCUAAACUGACUUCAAUACGAAUGGUCAGAAUAACCAGGCGGGACUAUCUUGAUGAUGUGGCGUCGUUUCCAACUAUCCAGCUUAACUUUACAGUACCAAAGCCAACAGUCAACAAAGAUUUCUAUACCGGUGGAAUAUCUAUGACAUUUACCAGUUAUGAUGAUCCCACAUUUGAGACGCGGUAUAGGCUGUUGGACUUUUCAAAUUAUAGCUAUUCAAGUCCCGACAGUGAUAAAAAUCAUCAGAGAGUUCUGAGUUUCCCAUGUUUCAUGGGAUAUCAACACGAGCCAUGUAAAUCUGACAAUUACAAAGUAUACACACUAACUUUAACAGCUUUCUCCAAGCACAAAACCAGUCUUCAGGAAACACCAUUCACUGAACUCUCAUAUAACAUCACCAUAUACAGUUAUUAUGUAUAUAACCCAUUACGUUGGAAGUCUACGAUUGCUGUUGCUUUCUUUCCUACAGAAAAAGAUGUCACUAUACUCUUUGAUCCAAUGCCAAAUCCUGUAUCAGACACAACGUAUAGUGUGUCUUUGGUUAAAGUUUAUAAUAAUAAAACAACCAGAAAUAAGAUGAUUGUAUCAGACAAAUAUCAUCAUUGUUUUCAGGAAGUGGAUGCUGGCAUAUAUUACAUAUUAAUAGAAGUCAUUACUACUGAUGAUAAAUGUUCAGACAGCUGUAGAUUCACAAAGUCUCAUACGUUUGAAAUUAGAAAUUCUAACUCCAUGAAGGCUGCAGCAGUCGCAGGGAAUGGUCCUUCGCACGCUGAACACAUGGUAAUUCCGUCAGUGGGUGGCGGUGUUCUGGCAUUGUUACUUCUUGGAGUCUUGUGCUACUAUCGCUGGAAAAACAAUUUGCAGUUAAAAGACACUGAGAUAUAUUCCUCUCCAAAGAUUCUUUUGAUAUACUCCAAUAACAGAAAAGAAAACAUUACAUUAGCUACAGAAUUUGCAAAGUUUUGCAGAAGAAAGUUGCAAAUAGACUUAAUUUACGAUAAACUCAAGGAUGAAAUAACUAAAAUAGAAGAUGUAGGAUAUGCGUCUUGGUAUACGGAAAAACUAGAGGAGUUCCCAGCGGCCGUUAUUCUGUGGACCCCAGGGUCUGAUAUUAAAGCAGAAGAGACCGAUAAAUCUAACGAGUUUAACGUUGGUGUUACAUUUGCGUUAAAUUCAAAAACAAACGACGAUAAAAGGGUAGCUUGUGUUUACUUUGCCAAGGCACAUAAAGGGGCAAUUUCAAGAGAUAUUCAGAAGGAAGUGCGUGUAUUUUGUAUUCCUAAAAAGUCUGUAGAGUUAGCAACUUAUUUACAUGGACAUAGACGUUUACAUACUAUAAAUAUUGAUAAAGAUUCGGAUCUAGAAAACGCCAUAUUAGCAUUUAAUACAAAUAAUAAAUCUAAUGAUGCAAUGAUAGUGACAUCUGCACAGAAGGAAAUAAUAGAAUUUGAGGAAACAAAGGUGUUAUCUGAAAAAGAAUUAGAUGAAGAAAUUUCAGUGUUGAAAGAAGAGUUUCGGCAAAACACUGGAAAUCUGAGCAAUUCAAGCAAAAGUUCUGCAUCCAAUGCAGAACACAUCAUUUAUAACCCUGAUUGCCCCAUACAUGGGGAACACUCAAAUAUCAAAGCAUCUAACCAUCCGCAUCCAUUCCCAGAAAGAACAUCAAGAUGUCAUAAAAAGCACCAUGCUCUUUUUCAUGCAGAGGCAGAGCAUCAACAUUCUUGCCCAAGUAAAAUAAAUCAAGAAUAUUCUGACCAAUGUUUGGAUUCUUUUGAUUAUUCUGUGCAUAACUCAAUAGAGGAACCAUUAUUAUCUGAACAAAUAGGUUAUCAUGUUUCAAAACGAAUCCAUUCACAUUAUCACAGCAGAAUCGAAUCCUGUCAUCCCAAUCCUGUACAGGGCAGAUAUCCUGUCAAUGAUGACCAAGGAUACAAUAGUGAUCAUAUUCGACAUACACAUAAAAACAAUCCACCAAUGUUACUAAGGCAAUACAGCGCAGGAGCAGAAUACAGCGGUGCGUCAACACGGACCAAAGAUUAUAGGGCUAACCAAAGGAAAAGGAACAAUCUCACACCAUAUGACAGUGAUUCAUAUGAUGAGGAUAGUGAGAACACGCCGCUAAAUCAUCCUAAAUUCUACUUAGAAGAAGAAGACAUACAACCAUCCAAUAGUCGUUUAAAAACGUCAAACAAAUCGUGCUCCCUAGACAGUAUAGAAUCAAAUGAUUCCAAUUAUAGUAAAAGGAGCGACAGUAUAAGUAGUUAUGACCUAAAGAUGUCGCUUCAAAAAUUUAUAUGAUCAUUGAUUGGUUUCUUUUAAGUACAGAUCUUUGAAUGAAACGUUAUUUUUUCCAAAAACAAAAUUCUGAAGUGAAGUAGAAUUCAGUAUUCAAGUAUUUCUCUUGUAAAUUUUUUAUUAGCUAAAUUAUACAUAACAUUUUUAAA